AUGUAUCAACAACUCUUUGAAAUCUAUCAACAUUUGAUCUCGUUUCUCUCCCAACAACGAGUUAUGGCCGACCGAUUGACCCAACUUCAAGAUGCUAUUGAUGAGCUCGCUCUUCAAUUUGUCGCAUCGCUCGUAUGGGUAAACAAGCACCAUGACUACCAAACUCUUAGCCCUACCGACAUCGUUCGGAAGGACACCAAGAAAGAUGAAUCGGGUGAAGCAUUGCCAAACGAAGACGGCUUAGAACCAUUACCCGCGGACAAAUUCAAAGAAGGCCAGGUGGAAUUGGCACGGGAUCUUAUUGUCAAGGAACAACAAAUCGAGGUACUUAUAACAGCAUUGCCGGGCUUGGAAAAUAGCGAAAAAGAGCAACAGCAGACAAUUCAACGGUUAGAGCGGGAACUGAAAGAGGAAGAGGAGAGGAGGAAAGAGGCUUUGAAGGAGAAAGAGGCUGUCUUAGCUAGGUUGGAGGGAGUUAUAAGGAGUAUCAAAAGACCCUGA